UGGGACUGUUUGAAGGAAACGCAAACAUGUUUUUGGCGUAUUAGCAGAUUGCCGGGAUGCUGACGUCAUCAUCUGUCAUCAACGCCAAUUCCUUCCCUCCUUCUUCCGCAAUUCUUCUCUUUCCCAAUUCUCUCUUCUCUCUCUAAAAUAUAAAUACGAUUCCCAAAUACUUUCUCUUUCUCUCUCUAGGGUUCCCAUUUCUCUCUCUCUCUCUCUGUGUCUGCGGCAAUCACACUCUCUCCGAUUAAAAAAUGGAUGGAGGCCGCGGUGCUACCGGUGUGGAUAUGUUUCUUCCAAAUUAUAAACUUGGAAAAACACUUGGCAUUGGAUCCUUUGGCAAGGUGAAAAUUGCAGAACAUGUAUUGACCGGUCAUAAAGUUGCCAUUAAGAUUCUUAACCGUAGGAAGAUAAAGAACAUGGAAAUGGAAGAAAAAGUGAGAAGAGAAAUCAAAAUUUUAAGACUGUUCAUGCAUCCUCACAUUAUUCGGCUUUAUGAGGUUGUAGAAACUCCAACUGACAUCUACGUUGUGAUGGAAUAUGUGAAAUCUGGAGAGCUCUUUGACUACAUAGUAGAAAAGGGCAGGUUGCCAGAGGAUGAAGCCCGCAAUUUUUUUCAGCAGAUAAUCUCUGGUGUGGAGUACUGUCACAGAAAUAUGGUGGUUCAUAGAGACUUGAAGCCAGAGAAUUUACUUUUGGACUCCAGGCGCAAUGUCAAGAUAGCAGAUUUUGGCUUGAGCAACAUCAUGAGGGAUGGUCACUUUCUUAAGACAAGCUGUGGAAGCCCUAACUAUGCAGCUCCGGAGGUUAUCUCUGGGAAAUUGUAUGCUGGACCUGAAGUAGAUGUUUGGAGCUGUGGUGUAAUUCUCUAUGCCCUUCUUUGUGGCACCCUUCCUUUUGAUGAUGAAAACAUACCUAAUCUCUUCAAGAAAAUAAAGGGCGGGAUAUACACUCUUCCUAGUCAUCUCUCACCUGGUGCUAGAGAUUUGAUACCAAGGAUGCUUGUGGUUGAUCCUAUGAAGAGGAUGACCAUACCUGAGAUCCGUCAACACCCAUGGUUCCAGGCUCGUCUUCCUCGUUAUUUAGCUGUGCCACCACCAGAUACAAUGCAACAAGCAAAAAAGAUUGAUGAGGAGAUCCUUCAGGAAGUAGUGAAUAUGGGAUUUGACAGGAAUCAGUUGGUUGAAUCACUUCGCAACAGGAUGCAAAAUGAGGGUACUGUAGCAUACUAUUUGUUAUUGGACAACAGAUUCCGUGUUUCCAGUGGCUAUCUUGGAGCUGAGUUUCAAGAGUCAAUGGAUUCUGGUUUUAACCAAAUGCAUCCCAGUGAAGUUGUUUCUCCAGUUCUUGGGCACCGCAUUUCCAGCUAUAUGGAUAACCCAGGUGUAGGAUUGAGACCACAGUUGCCAGUUGAGAGAAAAUGGGCACUUGGGCUUCAGUCUCGUGCCCACCCUCGUGAAAUAAUGACCGAGGUUCUCAAAGCCCUUCAAGAAUUACAUGUUUGUUGGAAGAAGAUUGGGCACUACAACAUGAGUGCAGGUAAUCUACUCGAGAACCAUGAUCUACUUUAUUUGUCAUCAUAUCGGGUAAAUCUAGUGUUUUCUCCAGGAAAUUCUCUAAUUCUUGAUGCUCAUCUUUUGUAACAGCUUUACAAAACUCGGGAAGAAAAGUAUCUGCUUGAUCUUCAAAGGCUCCAGGGUCCACAGUUUCUCUUCUUGGAUCUUUGUGCUGCUUUCCUUGCACAGCUUCGUGUUCUCUAGAACACAGAGCCUGUAAACUUGAGAUGCGUCGCAUGUCUCAUGUCGCAUGUUGCAUAUGAAUAAAGCCUGCAACGUUGUACAUAAAAAAGUGACAUUUUCAGUCUUUUACUCUAUCUUCUGUUCAUACCCCUGUUUUUCUGUGGGAAAUCAUUAUUUCGAGCCAAUCCAAAAUAUGGGAUUGACUUGGUUAAUAGUGGUGUUUGACUAGGUUUCCCUUUAUGAUGGUGAAUCUAAUUUAAUCAAUGUAGUGAAAUCUUUAACUAUCUGUAUGCUGUUCAGCCUAGUGUUGUAGAUUGCUAUUUGGACGUGGAAGCAGAAGGGUGUGCCCCUUUAGUCUCUAGGGUGGGUCUAAAUGAAACUUGCCUAUCUAGCCUCUUGUUUUUACUUUGCAUGUAAUUUCAGAUUAAUCUGUCUACAUUGGCUGCAACAGUCUUGUUUAUCAGGCAUUAACCAAAGUCUAUAUGUUCUAGAUACAUGCUGCUGUAGCACUUUAGCAUUUGCCUAUAUUUGUGUCAAAACACUAGCCAAAUAUUUGUUAUAUUUAAAUAUAGAAAAAUGUUGGAUGAAUCAA